AUGGGUGGCCAGCAUUAUCUAUACACGGCCUCUUUUACACAUGCGAAGAAAUGGGUUCAAGAACUUCAAGCACAAGGAAACUCGAAUACAAUAGUGGCUCUUGCUGGGAACAAGGCUGAUUUGUUAGAUACGAGGCAGGUGUCAGCAGAUGAAGCAAAGGCGUACGCUCAAGAGAAUGGUCUCUUCUUCAUGGAAACUUCUGCCAAAACAGCUACCAAUGUGAACGACGUGUUCUAUGAGAUUGCGAAGAAACUGCUUCAAGGGCAGCAGGUUCAGAACCCACAAGGCGGGAUGGUUCUCAACCAGAGACCACCUGAGAGGAUGGUGAGCUCUUCUUCCUGCUGUGCGUGAAGCGCAAGAUGGGAAGUGUGGAUCACAUGUUCCAUGGCCUGGACUCCAGGAGUAUUAUGUGCGCGGAGGCGAGGAAGAAUGUUGCCGAAUCUUGUGAAGUGGUUGCCAUCCUAGUUGCUGAAAUCCUAUACUUUUCACUGCUUGUUCGGUGUCGUGUUCCUUGUAAAUGUGAAUACUUGUUACUUUGGAGACUCAUGUGUUCUUACGGUGCAUGAUCGUGCUUGUCUUUCUAAGACUUGAGAGAACAGAGUGAAACUAGACAGAUUCGUUUGAUUCACUUAUACCAAUCACACGAUGAUAAAAUUUAUGGGUU